UGUUCUUGUUUUGUUACGUCACGAUCGACCGCCUGAGAGAAGUCGUGUCGUUUCUGGUCAUUAUUAAACGCGUUAUAUAUUCGCAUUCGGAGCAAUAACGUGAAAUAUCGUGACUUGGUCUUUGAAGCGGCACUGGUUUGUUAGGCACUCAGAGUUCAGAGGAUCUGAGUAACUUACUCCCAAAGUUUCAACAAAUACAUAAAACAAUCAUGGCAUCACCGCAGAUGAAGGAGCGUCCAUCGGGCGCUGUGUUAAACACUAUAUCAAAAGGAGCAUCUCCAGAAUCCAAAUGCCCGAUAUGCCUGGAUCACUUCAAAAACAUAUCGUACCUUGAUGUGUGCCUGCAUAAGUUCUGCUUCUGCUGCAUCCGCGAGUGGUCGAAGAACAAAGCGGAGUGCCCUUUAUGCAAGCAGCCAUUUAAUUCAAUUUAUCACACCAUAAAGUCCGAAGAUAACUACCAGAGGUUCGACCUGCGACCAACUGAAAACGGCUCAUUUGGCAACAUGGCAGGGCAGAGAUUCAGGUAUCGCACCACGCUCACCGGCGAGCGCAGGCUAGCGCCGAGGAGAACGUCAUCUCCUCCUGACCACGGGGUCUUAUUCGAGGACCUAAGAGGAUCUGUUCCUCAGCGGCACAACAGAGAUCUCCACAGCAUGUUAAGGAGGUUGGCAGAGGAGAGACAGAGGAGAGAGAGCGAGGGAAGGUCUCUGCGGAGUCUUCACGAACAACAAGCGGUUAAAUUCAGACGGGCCUUGUACAGGAGAGGCGUGCGAGUCCAGAACGUGCAGGACGGUGGCCGUAGCAGGGAGACUUCUGCAGAGUUCUUCAGAAGAAAUCCUGCUUGUCUCCACAGGCUUGUGCCUUGGGUGAGACGAGAGCUGACUGUCCUGUACGGUACUCACGGGUCGCUUGUCAACAUAGUGCAGCACAUCAUCAUGACUCUGAUCACUCGGCAUAACUUGGACGAGCAGGCUGUUCUGCAUGAGCUCCGGCCCUUCUUACUGACCCAUACAGAGCACUUCUUGCACGAGUUUCUUAGCUUUGCUCGGUCCCCGUUCAACAUGGAGGCGUAUGACCAGCGCGCCGUUUACGACUUGCCUCGGCCCUCCGGAGAGAGCAGCCAUUCGGAAACCUCUGUGAUCGCCAUCUCUGAGGACGAGAGCGAUUCUUUAGUGUCAGGAUCCCAGGAUUAUGCCACUCCUAGUGUGACCUUAAGCCAAGCGCCGUGGGAUGAUGAGACCCCAGGGCCAUCCUACUCCUCAGAGCCAUCUCAGGUGUUACCUUUCCAUGUGAGGGACUCGGAUUCUGAUAGUAGCGUAGGGGAGGCAGUAGUGUCUGUCGCCACUGUGCCACGUCAGGACCGUCCGGGAAAUCCUGGCACUGUUGCCGUGGAAGAGGAGCAUUCCUCUGGCAGUGAUGAAGACUGCAUGAUUAUCGGACAUGUUAAGCCAGUGUCAGAAAGGACACCGGAACUGGUCCUGCUUUCCUCUGAUUCAGAGCAGAAUGCCGAGCCGCAGAGCCCUCGAGCACCCCAACACAUUCGUUUUACUUCAGAGUCUGAUUUGUCUCCCGCUGACGCUCAGAGGAGGCCGACGAGAUGCUCUCGUUCGCCUGAGAACACCUCUACUCGCUCAAGAAAAGAUAAAUGUGGCAAAAGGCAUCAUGAGAGAGAGCUGUCGGGAUCUAGAGAAAGAUCCUCAUGCAGCAAUAGGACUCACUCCUCCUCUCGUGGCAGGAAACACCCAUUGUCUAAAGAGAGCAAGCAUAAGCGGAGACGAGAAAAAGAGUCAAGCCGCCACACCUCGUCAUAUUGGCAUUCAUAUAGCCAUUACAGUCAAAGCGACAGCAGCAGGAGAUGUUAUACAGAGACAUGCUCAUCCUACACCAGCUAUUAUAGAAGUGUACAUCGCUUUCGUUCUCGAUCACAUGGUAGAAGGCGAAGCAGGGACCGUCAGGACAGAAGUCACUCAAGCAGCCGAUCUAGAAUCAAGCCUAGCUUCUCCGACCGUCAGGACAGAAGUCACUCGAAGAGCCGAUCUAGAAUCAACUCUUCCAACAGUCAGGACAGAAGUCGCUCGAAGAGCAAUUCUAGAAUCAACUCUUCCAACCGUCAGGACAGAAAUCACUCUAGGAGCAAUUAUAGAAUCAACUCUUCCAAGCGUCAGGACAGAAGUCGCUCGAGGAUCAAUUCUAGAAUCAACUCUUCCAACCGUCAGGACAGAAAUCACUCAAAGAGCCAAUCUAGAAUCAACUCUUCCAACCAUCAGGACAGAAGUCACUCGAGGAGCAAUUCUAGAAUCAACUCUUCCAACCGUCAGGACAGAAGUCGCUCAAAGAGCAAUUCUAGAAUCAACUCUUCCAACCAUCAGGACAGAAAUCACUCUAGGAGCAAUUCUAGAAUCAACUCUUCCAACCACCAGGACAGAAGUCGCUCAAAGAGCAAUUCUAGAAUCAACUCUUCCAACCAUCAGGACAGAAAUCACUCUAGGAGCAAUUCUAGAAUCAACUCUUCCAACCACCAGGACAGAAGUCGCUCAAAGAGCAAUUCUAGAAUCAACUCUUCCAACCAUCAGGACAGAAAUCACUCUAGGAGCAAUUCUAGAAUCAACUCUUCCAACCGUCAGGACAGAAGUCACUCAAGGAGCAAUUCUAGAAUCAACUCCAACUCGCAUCAGACAUCACAUCACGAUGAACAUGGCAGGAAAAAGAAAUACAAAACGAAGCAUCAUGAGGAACCCACAAGGAAAAGUUCUAGUCAGUUGUUCACAGAUUCUGUUGAGGAUGGUGCAAAAAAGAAAAUCAAGAAGCACAAGAAGUUCAAGAGGAAAAGUAGGAGUCCAAGCAUAGAUGACAGAUCUGAGGAUCACGGUCGGAAACAUCACAAGAAGAAGAAGAAACACAAGAGGAAGAGCAGGAGACAUAGUAGUGAGGAGAGGGUGGGAAAAAACAGUCCAGUUCUCAUAACAAUUCCCAGUGACAGUGACGCUGCUGACCCCAGUGAACCCUCAGCCAGGAAUAUCAGUGCAGCUGACUCCACGGUCACAAUAGCAAGCAGUGCCACAGAAACUCAGCCGCUAGACGUGGAGCAAGAGUCAGCUGCUGGAACUGAAUGUAGUUCUGUGGGUGAUGCAGGGAAUCGCCCCCAGACAUUGUGAGUUUACAUGUGUGGCAAAUCAAGACUGACAAAGGACUACAAUUCAGUGUUUUAUAAAUGGAGAAGAGAUUUGUUUUAAAUGUGAUUUUGAUUUGGAGUUUUUGGAUAUAUUUGCAUUUGUGAUUUUGGAAAUGUAUUAAUUUCAGACUAUGCAAGCAAGUUAACAGUCACUAAUUUAAAAAGUUUACUGUUCCUGUCGCAAAUAAAUAAAAAAGGAUCAUAAAAGUGUCUUUAUUUACUGAAUGUUGUAUUUCUGUGUGUAUGUUUGCUUAAAACAGUCUGGAAUCAGUUUCAUGC